GUAAAUUGCAGAUAACUGAUGGGGAUACAGGAAAAGGAGUUAAAAGGCCAUUCCUGGGAUUCACAUACGACACCAUCACGAAAGUUUUUUCCCCUGUCUUGUAAGUAAUAACAGCACAAAAAGACGACUACAAAUACUUUAUUUACUGAAGGUGUUUUGUAAAACCUAGAUUAAUUUAAAACUAUUAGCAAUGGAGGCAAUUUUUUUAAAAGCUGAACCAAUAGAACCAGUUUGUAAUAAGCAUGGGCUGAUGACAAAUUUUGUCAUAAAUUUAGAUUAUACUGAAAGAACUGUAUUUCUUUUACCAACAUAAAUGUUACAUCAAGCUAAGUCAUUUUGAAACCUAUGACAACCAUACACAGGCCAACCAGCUAACCACUACAUAGCAAUAACUAGCAACUUAUAUUCUGAAUUCUACUGACUAUUUGGGAUACUUCUCUGGGCCAUUAGUAAAAUCACUGACUGACAAAAUUCCACAAAAGUAAGGGUCCUUGUAAGUUCAAGUGCCUUGACUGAGUACCAAAUGUGGACAUCAACAUGGACAUUUCUUUCCAAUAUGCAUCAUUUCCCUACCCCUUAUUCUCACUUGUUUUGAUCAUUAUGGGAUAAAGUUGACGAUAUGGAAAGAGCAAACCAUUCAGUGGUAUCGGAAUUUAUUUUGUUGGGACUUUCCAAAUCUCAAAAUCUUCAGAUUUUAUUCUUCUUGGGAUUCUCUGUGGUCUUCGUGGGGAUUGUGUUAGGAAACCUGCUCAUCUUGGUGACUGUGACCUUUGAUUCGCACCUUCACACACCAAUGUAUUUUCUGCUUAGCAACCUCUCCUGCACUGAUAUGAUCCUGGCUUCUUUUGCUACCCCUAAGAUGAUUGUAGAUUUCCUCCGAGAACGUAAGACCAUCUCAUGGUGGGGAUGUUAUUCCCAGAUGUUCUUUAUGCACCUCCUGGGUGGGAGUGAGAUGAUGUUGCUUGUAGCCAUGGCAAUAGACAGGUAUGUUGCCAUAUGCAAACCCCUCCAUUACAUGACCAUCAUGAGCCCACGGGUGCUCACUGGGCUACUGUUAUCCUCCUAUGCAGUUGGAUUUGUGCACUCAUCUAGUCAAAUGGCUUUCAUGUUGACUUUGCCCUUCUGUGGUCCCAAUGUUAUAGACAGCUUUUUCUGUGACCUUCCCCUUGUGAUUAAACUUGCCUGCAAGGACACCUACAUCCUACAGCUCCUGGUCAUUGCUGACAGUGGGCUCCUGUCACUGGUCUGCUUCCUCCUCUUGCUUGUCUCCUAUGGAGUCAUAAUAUUCUCAGUUAAGUACCGUGCUGCUAGUCGAUCCUCUAAGGCUUUCUCCACUCUCUCAGCUCACAUCACAGUUGUGACUCUGUUCUUUGCUCCGUGUGUCUUUAUCUACGUCUGGCCCUUCAGGAGAUACUCGGUAGAUAAAAUUCUUUCUGUGUUUUACACAAUUUUCACACCUCUCUUAAAUCCUAUUAUUUAUACAUUAAGAAAUCAAGAGGUAAAAGCAGCCAUUAAAAAAAGACUCUGCAUAUAAAUUUAAAGCAUACUUUUUAGAUGAGACUUUUGAAGAGACACUCUCUUGUUUGUUUGAACAUUUAAGAAACUCGUUUUUAAUGUACCAGGUUCGUGCAAAAGUCAUUGCGGUUUUUGCCAUUAAAGUUAAUGACAAAAUUAAACUAAUGGCAAAAACCACUAUAACUUGUGUACCAGCUAACAGUUCAAGUUCCGUAUGAGGAAAUAGUAGAUGUAAUUGUUAAAAAGCAAACACCUUUUUGUGAUCUUUUAUGGUCAAACACAUAAUAUCUACAGUUUGGCUUGUAUACAUUUAAAUCCCACCUUUAUCAGUUUCUCUGGUGCAAAUUUGAAGAAAAUAAAUAAGUUCGCUGUGAUUUAGUUUUUUCGUCUAUACAACCUUGUUUAUAUGCAUCUUUCAUUAUUAUUUUAGCAUGCUCUUAAACCUCAGAAAACACACUAUUAUUGUUAGGUUUUUUGUUGUUGUUAUUGGUAAUCUAUGUUUAGAGAAAGCACACAGAUGACAUCUCAUCACGGUUAUUUAUCCAAGUGCCUUACAGGCUAGAAAACUGCAUGUUCUGGGUAAUCCCUGAUUAGUGUGUAUUAAAUUAUACUAAGUUGUUUUCCAUAAACACAGUGUGUUCACCAUUCUUCACAUAUUUUGUGAGCCUACAGAAUGCCAGAAGAUAUAGCCAGGCCUUCAAGGAACUUAUAGCCUAUGGAUAGAUCGAGCAAACUAAAUUGGCAGUUGUUCCAUGGCACGAACAGCACUGUUACAUGAUGGACAGGGUGCUUUGAGAGUGCAGAGGAAUGGCAUCUCAAUCAGGGCAGGGCAGGAAGGUUUCCACUUAUAGUUAGCAUCAGCUAGAUGGAAAAGAAAGACAUUCCACGAGAAAGAAAUAGUAUGUUGAGAAUGCAUAGAAGCAUGACACAGUGGAGAACCUAUACAUAAUUUCAUUGAGCUGGGUCAUGGGCUAUGAUGUUGAGAGAUGAGAUAGAGAGGUAGGUCAAAUGUAGUCUGAUCAUAUAAUAGAAAAUAUAGGACACUCUUUGGAAUUCAAAACUAUGUCAUGCUGAAAUUUAAAAGAGAGACAGGAAGGAAAAAAAGUAAGCAUAGACCAUUCCUGUCCCAACUUGUACAUUGUACUGCUUCUAUUCCAAGUUUAUCUCCCCCUUCUUAGCUCUGUUCAUAUUUCUCUUUGCAAUCUAGGCAACUAGGCCUGUAACUGACUUGAAGCCUAAAGCAAAUUUAAGGCAACUGGGUAUGGGAGAAGAUGUCUACUGUCUUUCAACUUCAGCAUAAAUCCAAAAAGAACUUUAUGCCUUUUAUUGGAUAUAUUAUACCUAGUAUCCAGAAAAGCCAUUCCAGAGACAGAAGAUAAAACAUUGAGUACUAGGUCUCUAACAUGUUAUUUUUUAGAUCAUUUGUUACAUAAAGGGCACAGUCACAUCAGCCUUAGUUGUUUCAUAGUGAGCAACCAAUUUUAUGGAGAAAACAUUUUAUGUACAAGUUGAAUUAUUGUAACCAAGGAUCCCAGCCUCAAAAUGCAUUUUCAAACUUUUUUUUUCUUUCUUUCUGAAUCUCAGAAUGUAGCCUUGUGUUGUAAGACUUUAUCUCCCUUUCCCACCAGGUACAUUCAUACACAGUGUUUCUUAUCUAAUUAAGGGCUUGCUUAGAAAUCCUAGGGGCCGAUUUUGAAACAAACAAGGCAGGGAAACCUGGCUGCAGAAUCCUCCCUUGAGAAGGGAAUUACUUACAGUUAACCCACCACUACCAGGCCAAAGUCAGGAAAAGGCAAAUCAGGCCUCAGGACAGACCGUUACUCAAGAUAACCUUCAGAACAAGACACGGAGACCUGCACGUUCCUGCACUAUUCCCACAUAUUUCCCAUAUCUUUUCCGUCUUAAACUCCUUUAUUUAGCCCCCAAACGGGGAAUGGUCUGUUAAAGGCAUGGGCCUGGCCAUCCCCCACCUGCUUGCAUUUGAAUAAAAUUGCUUUCCUUUUACCACUCCUUGCUGCACUUGUUUUCAGCCUCUGAGCGGGGAGGUGGGCAUGGGUGGGUGUGUUGGGGGCUCGGGGUGGGGGGAGGCGGGGGGAGACUUAAGCUGGUUAUAUUUUAAGCUGGUUAUAUCUAACUAGAAAUAGCUCUUUUCUGAACACAUACUAUGAAAAUACCCAUAGGUUUAAUAUAAUCUAGAGUUUUGUUUUUAAAAGGCUAUACUUGAUUGGUUGAUGUGACUGACAAUUUGUUGAACAAAUUGUCACGAAUUUGUGAUAUAAAUUAUUUGUAAGUUAUUUAUGUAUUUGUUAUGUCAAGAAAAAAGCUACCAACUACUAUUAUAUAUUUCUUAUGCCAGAGAAAGCUACUAACUACUCAAUAUUUUCCCCAAAUAAUUUAGCUAAUUUUCAAAACAGUAUUAUUUGAAAAAUAAUCUACCGUGUCCCCUUGUUAUGUGAAAUUUGUGAACUGUCUUUAUUAGAAGGAGUUAUUUUUUCCCUCUCCCAACAUGCUAGCUACUAUCAAGCAUAUAAUACAGAAACCCUCACGCUGACAGCCAGUAGAGGCACCGCCCUCCUUCUGCCUGCCAUUCACUUGCUCUCCUUCUAAGCACGUGAUGUGAUUUAUAGAUGACUGAAAUUUGGAAACGAGACUGAGCAUGAGGUUCUCGGCAUUUUACAGUAUUGCUGUUUCAGAGGAGCCGAGGCACACAGUUCUAAACCCCAGUUAAGGGGUAGCACCUGUUUUCCAUGGGCAAAUUUGUUAACACCUCAAACUGUCUUCCUGUCAGGGUCCCCUGCUCUUGGAGGAAUGUGUAAUUUUAUUUAUUUAUUUAUUUAUUUAUUUGAGAUGGAGUAUCACUCUGUUGCCCAGGCUGGAGUGCAGUGGCGCAAUCUCUGCUCACUGCAACCUCCGCCUCCCGAGUUCAAGUGAUUCUCCUCCCUCAGCCCCCUGAGUAGCUGGGAUUACAGGUGCCCACCAUUGCGCCCGGCUCAUUUUUGUAUUUUUAGUAGAGACAGGGUUUUGGCAUGUUGGCCAGGGUAGUCUCGAACUCCUGACAUUAGGUAAUCCACUCACGUUGGCCUCCCAAAGUGCUGGGAUUACAGGCGUGAGCCACUGUGCCUAGCCAGAAUGUGCACUUUAGAAUUAUCCUUGUCUCUGCCCAGCUAAGUGUUUGUUCUGCAAACUCUCUCUUUAAGGGGAUCCCAGGGUUAAAAAGGGAAAGUAGUAGGAAGACUCUUGGGGUUUUAAGUCCAAUGCAACUUUACCAGUAAUAAUACUGAUAUUUGUCUCUUCCUAUUCACAAUUCUACCUAUGAAUUUGUUCAGGACUCACAAGGGAGAAGGGAAGAUUGACACUUCAGAGAACCCUACAAUCAAUUCAUAGUACAAAUAUUAAGCUUUUUUUUCAUUUUUCAAGUACAGUUUACAUAUAGAAAAAAAUGACUCUUUAGUGUAUGGUUUUGUGAGCUUUUAUAGCAAUUUAUUUUUUAUUAUUUUAAUUUUUUAAAAUUUAUUUUUAAUUAUUAUGAAUAUAUAAUAGUUGCACAUAUUUAUGAAGUACUGGAGAUGUUUUGAUGCAAGCAAAGAAUGUAUAAUGAACAAAUCAGGGUAAUUGGCUGGAUUGUUGACAAAUGCCCAUAGUUAUAUAAUUAGCAAAUCUCAGAGAUAGAACAGUUUCAUCAACCCAAAAAUGCUCCUGUCCCCCACAGUAGUCACCUCCUCCUUCCCAUUUCCUGUCCUUGACAGUAGCCAUCAGAUUGUGCUCUUAGAGUUUGCUUUUUCAGGAUUGUCAUAUAAGUAGAAUCAUACAGCAAAUAGCCUGUUGAGGGUGGCUUUUUUCACUUGGUGCAAUGUCUUCUGAGAUUAGUUCAGUAGCAAGCUGAUUUAAUUAAUGUAAAUCUAUAUUACAUUUUAUUAUUUUAUUUUAUUUGUUUUUUUUGAGAUGGAGUCUUGCCCUGUCACCCAGGGUAUAGUGCAGUGGCUCAAUCUUGGCUCACUGCAACCUCCACCUCCCCAGUUCAAGCAAUUCUCCUGCCUCAGCCUCCCAAGUAGAUGGGAUUGCAGGUGUGCGCCACCAUUCCCGGCUAAUUUUUCUAUUUUUGGUAGAGACAAAGUUUUGUCAUGUUGGCCAGGCUGGUCUCGAACUCCUGACCUCAAGUGGUCCACCCACCUCAGGAUCCCAAAAUGCUGGGAUUACAGGCACUGUGAGCCACUGUGCCUGGCCUAUAUUACAUUUUAAUAUCUACUCAUAUUAGUACUACCAUUACUAUUCUUCCUUAAACUAUCUUGGUUUGUCUCAUUCAGUUCUUCAUUUACAUUAACUAGUGUGAUUUUACCAAAUAAUAUGAACACUGUAUCGUUAUAAUUGCAUUAACCAAAACAUUGUUUCAGGGAUAAAUAUAUAUUGGUAUUGACCACAUUUGACUUUUCUAUCCUAGAACAUGGUUUAAUUUUGAACUUAUUU